AUGCAGCGGAGAUUGUUCUCGCUGUCAAUUCAUCUUUUCAAGCCGUUCAAAGUUGCCAUUGUCGGCACGGGCCCCGCUGGUUUUUACACGGCACACCACUUGUUGAACAAGUCGAGCCGGGAUAAGAAGAUCCAUCUCGACUUUUUUGAGAAAUUGCCCGCUCCGUUCGGGCUAAGUCGGUAUGGAGUGGCUCCCGAUCACCCCGAGGUCAAGAACUGCGAGGAGUUUAUGACCAAUCUAAUGAGCCAGUUUGGUUCCUCUGGUCGCCAUAAAGUGCGGUUUCUAGGAAACGUUGAGAUUGGUAAAGAUGUUAAAUUGGCAGAUCUCGAAAAGUACUAUAAUGCGAUAGUGCUCGCGUACGGGGCAACAUCCAGCGACAACAGCUUGCAAAUACCAGGGGAGGAUUUGCCAGGGGUCAUUUCUGCCCGGCAGUUUGUAAACUGGUACAAUGGCCAGCCGGACUGUUAUCAAAAGGGCAACGAGUACACGCCGCCUCCAUUGGACAAGAUAGAAAACGUGACAAUCAUUGGGAACGGCAAUGUUGCGCUCGACGUGGCAAGGAUCUUGUUGGCCGAUCCGAAAUCUCACUGGAAACCCACGGACAUUUCUGUUGACGCAGAAGAUCUCCUUGAACGGAGCACAGUUAAAAAUGUUAGAAUUGUAGCGAGAAGAGGAAUCUUGGAGUCUGCGUUUUCCAAUAAGGAAAUAAGGGAGUUGUUUGAGUUGAAAGACGCCAAGUUUCUUCCCGUGGAUGCAAACUUGCUUCAGGGCGUGUCGACAAAGAAGCUCGGCAGGGUUGACAAGAGAAGAGUGGCACUACUUGAAAAGUACAAUACGUCUCCACUGGCCAAAGACCAGGGCAAGCGCACUUGGACUCUAGACUAUUUGCUAAGUCCAGUGGAAUUUUGCGCCGACGCAAAGGGACAACUAGCGUCAACAAAGUUUGUCAGAAAUCGAGCCAUAGAUGACCCGCUUUUGCCUGGCCAAGUUGCCCCAACUGAUGAAUUUGUUUCUUUUGAUAACCAGUUGGUCAUCCUCUCCAUAGGAUAUAAGGGAACUCCAAUUGCAGGAUUCGAAGAUCUUGGGAUCUGGUUCGAGAAAAACAAGCUCCAUAAUAAAGGGGGAAGAAUCUUAUCGCAAAUAUCUGAAGGAGAGAAUGAUGUCAACUCCACCUACAAAAAAGGUUGGUACACCUCUGGUUGGAUCAAAAAUGGGCCAAAGGGGGUGAUUGCAACAACGAUGAUGGACUCUUUUGACACGGCCGAGAAUAUUUUGGAGGAUUUGACCAAUGGGGCUUUCAUUGAGGUCGACGAAGACGCCGCCGACAUUAUGGACUCAGCAGAUUUGGCCUCGUCUCCGGUCGCAGAGACGAUUGUGCAAUGGAACAAUUGGGAAAAACUAAAUGCAUAUGAGUUACGGAAGGGGAAAGAAAUGGGCAAGAGCAGGUACAAGGUCUGUAAUAAAGAAGAAAUGUUAAAUAUUUCUAAAUGA